GGCACCAUGGAGCUGCCACCUGGCUGUCUUCUCCUCCUUGCUGCCCUGCUCCCCCUAGCCAGGCGGUCCAGCCCGGCCCCGCACGCAACGGGACGAGAGGAGCUGGGGAUGGCAAAGCCUGGGUACUGCUACCACAUCCCAGAGGUGGAGGACCUGCUGGACAAGGACUGUGGCUCCUGCCACAUGGGUGCCUCCUGCUCGCACUGCACCAGCGAUGCCGACUGCCACGGAGUCACCAAGUGCUGUCCCAGCAAGUGUGGCUACACAUGCCAGGAGCCAGUGUUGGACUUCUGCUACCUGCCCUCAGUCUGUGGGAACUGCAAGGCUCUCUUCCGCCGCUUCUUCUUCAAUGCCUCCAGCCAGCAGUGUGAGGAGUUCAUCUACGGCGGCUGCGGCGGCAACAGGAACAACUUUGAGACCAAGGGCGAGUGCUUCCAGGCCUGUUCCCACCUCAGUAACUAGCAGUGUGCUGUGGGCCAUGGGCCACAGGUGGCAGCUGCUCCUGGCCCCUCUCCUGAUGCCCCAGCCCUCACUUCCAGGUGCCUGGCAGUGCUGGCCUGGGAAGUGGUGGCUUCUGCACAGCCCCUGCCUGGGGGAAGCUGCUGCUGGUGGCCACAUCCCCGACCCCACAGGGAGACCACGGGCUGGUGGCAAUGAGGGCUGUGGGCCUGGGUGGCUGUGCUGGGGGCUGUGGCUUGCCUGGGAGGCUCACAGACCUAAGGACAGGGACAUGUGCCCAUGUCAGCAUG